AUUCUCAGACCUCUCAAGCAACCCAAAACUGUCUGCAAUCUUUUGAGUGGAAUUAUCUUAGGACCCUCUGUCCUAGGCCGCACCAAGAAACCCUGGGAUAAUUUUUUUCCAACAGAGGAGAUGAUUAUGAUUAAUGCAACCUCUUUAAUCGGUUCAUCUUAUAUAACCGGAGCUCUAAUGAUGGGUUCAAUUAUACCAGCUGGGCCACCAUUAGGUUCAGCACUAGUAGAAAAAAGUGAGUUUAUAAUCUCAGAUAUUUUCUUGCCAUUCUUCCACAUUCGCAUGGGUCAGAACGUCAAUAUAUCCACAAUAACCAAUUGGCAGCAAUUUUUUGUACUUGAGUCUAUCUUGGUCACCGCGUAUUUAUCGAAGAUCCUUGCUAGUAUGUUGGCAUUCAUCGUCUUCAAGAAAAGCCUUAGAGAUUCUCUCUUAUUCGGCUUUAUUUUAAACUUCAAAGGCAUGCCUGAUUAUGUCCUUAUUGGAGGUUGGAGAAUGCGCCUGUUGGUAGACGACGAAGUUUUAACUACAUUGAUGUUGUCUCAUAUGAUAGUGACAGCAAUUUCAGCACCUAUAAUACAUAUCUUUUAUAAGCCUGAAAGAAGACUCAUGUCGACUGGCUCAUCAAUUGAGCAACGCAUGAUGAAGCCACUCCAAGGGAUGCCACUAGAAGUGGAAUUACGAAUCCUUUUCUGCAUUAACAAUGAAGAUAAUGUCAACAGCCUCAUCACUCUGUUUAAAGCAUGGACUCCUACUGAAAUAAGUCCAAUUUGUGCCUAUGCAGUCCACCUUAUGGAGCUUAUUGGUCGAGCUGUACCACUUUUAGUCCCUUAUAAUAACCAUAGCCAACAAGAUGAUACAAAAACAGCCAUCUUCCGCAAUUUAAACAUUAAAAUACAAGCCUAUGCACCAUGCACAGUUGGGAUUUUCGUAGAUAGAGGCUUGCCUCAUCAUUUGAGCUCUCGCCGCUUCUCUUACAAUGUUGUGGUUUUCUUCUUAGGAGGGCCUGAUGAUAGAGAAGCAAUGGCAUUUGUUUCACGAAUGAGUAGUCAACCUGGUUUCGUCAUUACUGUGUUUCUGAUUGACUUCAAAGGAGAUUAUCUUGUUGGAAAUGAAUUGGAGACGGAUCUUGAUAAUACUGCGGUUAAAGAAUUUCGAACAAGGACUAUUAAUAAUUCAAGUGUGGGGUUUCAUGAGAUUGAGGCAUAUGAUUCAGUUCAAGUCAUGAAAGCAAUAAUCUCUAUAGAAGACAAAUAUGACCUUGUUACAGUAGGAAAGAGGCGAGUUGCCAAUUCUAUAUUGGAAAAAGAAAUGGUGCCAUGGGUUGAGCAAAAAGAGCUUGGUAUUCUUGGUGAUCUGAUAGCAUCUUCAGACUUUUAUCGAGGAAUGACAUCAAUUUUGGUGAUACAGUCUGCUGUAACUGUUCGUGGAAGCCUUAAAUCAACUGUAAUAACCUCUUCAGAAAUAUCAAGUGGUUUCUCUACUUCUACUGGAGAUGAUAGUUAUCAUGGUAGAACUUUUGGCCGUGCAUCUGAAAGAGUACUUGAGAUAAUUUGUACAAAAAUAUGA